CUUACUAUGCUUGUACGAAGGAGGCGGACUGAACCGGGGUUCAGGGUGAUCUUAAUUGUGGCCAAACACUGGCACACAAGGGUUCAUGUGGCUUUCUGGGCUGAUGAUGCCCAUCUCAAGAUCGUUUUUCGCACACUACUGCGCGUAUUUUUACCUUACAGCCUAUCGCAGAUACUUUGAUAGCCGCAAUAAUGGUUGUUCAUUCGCGUCGCAAUCGAACCACAUUCCCAGGGUGCGAACUAUCUUCGGAUCAAGCGGGUCUGAAUCGACCUUUCCGGGGCGGACAGAGCAAUACUGGGAAUCCUGGUCGGAUUCGCGAUUCAUACUGGCACAAUCAUAUCGUAAGCUGUCUCGUGUUCAUAAGUACCUUUAGAUGGGAUUCAAAAUUUCUUUCUCAAUUUUAUUCGAGGUGGAGUAGUACUUUUGACCCUCUUUGAUGGGGUAAAUGACAAACCGUC